AAAAAUAAAACUUUUUAAUCAUAAUUGAUAAUUUUAUUGGGGAAACUAGUUAGAAGUCUUCCGGCUUUCUUAUUUUUAGUUCAAAUUUGGCGACAGUACCCAAGUCAAUAAACUGUAAACGCUCGCUCUUUUGGUUACGCCGUUCCGGCGCAGAAACGUCUUGCUCAUUGAGAUCAAUUGAUCAAUUGACUGCAUUCCCUGAUUCCCACAACUCUGUGACAACUGUUCACGGAAUCGCCAGGAAUGUCGUACUGUUUCUGAUCCAUCGUGAGGCAUCUGCUCUUGGACUGCCAAAGAUAAGAAUGAAGUUGCUCUUUAUUGCAUUAGCAUUUAUCGGAGUGGCCGUGCGUUUCGCGGUCUUCGUCUCGCCCAUCCAUGAAUUCGCCUCCCAACGAGUCGAGUUCUCAGUUCCCACCAAUUCAUGGCGAAGAGUGUCGGAGGGCUUGUUUUUGUACGGAAUCGGCGUGGAUCCAUAUUUAGGGGAUACAUUUCAUGAGACACCGUUUUGUUUGGGUUUGCUGAGCAAGCUUCAUCGUGUGAAUCCGUUGAUCAUUGAUAUUUUGUUUCCGGUUGCCGAUAUUCUUGCUGCAAUUCUGCUGUAUCUGUUUGCCCAGAAUUUUUUGGAGCAGAAGGUGGUGGAAGAGCACAAAGUCAAAACAAGCUUCAAGAAAGAAAGCCAAAUUUUGAUGCUCAGCUUCGAUUGUAUACGAACUGUUCCCAAGCUCGUUGUUUUGUGUUAUCUGUGUAACCCGUUGACUGUUGGAUCCUGCUGGGCCAAAACAACCACUGUCUUUACGAAUCUGUUAAUGGCAGCCAUGCUGCUGAGUGCUUCGCAAGGAGCCUGUCGGUUCUAUCGAUAUAUUUCGUUGGUAUUUUUGGCGCUGUGUACGUAUCAGACAUUCUACUACGGAUUGCUUUUUCCGGCUCUGCAUCUUUAUUUCGAGAAUUUUGCGGGAUCGAAAACGCAUUGCCGGUCGAGAGGGGAUUCCGUUUUUGGACUACUGAUGGACGGUCUUGUUUUUAUCGGAUCAUUUGCGAUAAUGUUGGUUGUUUCCAGUCAUAUCAUGGGAUCAUGGACUUUCCUGCGUGGCGUUUAUGGAUUUCUGAUCUCUGCUCCUGAUCUGACACCGAAUAUCGGAUUGUAUUGGUACUUUUUCACUGAGAUGUUCGAACAGUUCCGGUCGUUUUUUAUUUGGGUUUUCCUGAUUAAUAUUUGCAUUUACUCCAUUCCGGUAUCUGUGAAGCUGCGGCAUCACCCGAUGUUUGCGCUGUUCACAUUGUUACCGUUAAUCACGGCUUUUAAGCCGUACCCCUCGUAUGGUGACAUCGGAUUGUAUUUGAGCUUAUUUGCCGUGUGGAGGCAUUUGAUACCACAAAUGCGCCAAACGCUCAUAGUUAGCGUCAUGCUCGUCCUAGCGGCUACAGUAUUCCCUGUUCUGUGGAAGCUUUGGCUGGAAGUCGGCAGUGCGAAUGCGAACUUUAUUUAUGCCAUCACGUUGGUACUGGCCACUUCUCAGGUGUUUUUUGUAACGGACGUUAUGUUGGCUCAUGAAAAACGGGAAUGGCACCUGAAACACGGCGUGGAAACGGUUGACAAAACCGGCAAGCGUUUGGAACUUCAUUUGCAAUAACAUUUGCAGUGAUAAUGCAGAUUUUUGUUCCUUUUAUGUUGGAUGAUUUCGUGCCUUCUGUAGUUCGCUUUUUUUAUUAUUUAUUGCGAAAACAGCGGUGCUCCUGGCCUAUACUUAUUAUAGGUACUGUGUGCAGUUUGAAAGCUGGUGCAAGCAAAUCAGUGCUUAACUCUGUCUUUGGGGAUAGCAACCCUCAAAUGAAUAGUAAUUGAUUGAUCGGGGUCGGGUUUGAUUUGGUCGGGGUUUUCCAACUUGAAUUUUUCGGUAUCAUUAAUUCUUAUUUUGGUAUAGGGUGUAUAAAUAAUAAAUGGAAUCGCAUGUACAAUUCCACUCACUUUCUAGCAUGAGCGGGGCAGAGAGAUUUAGGUGCGAGUAC